UGCUUGAUGGCUGUUCACUGUUGAUUAUUCUUAUUUCUUCUAUUAUUUUGUAGUUAAUAAUUAUUAAUCACUAUGUACUGCUUGAUAUUUAGUGAGUGAUUUAUUUCUAAAUGGCCCCGCCGCAGGAUAGCCGCUAAACUAUUAUAAUAAAUGAUUAAUAGUGAAUUUGUUAUGAUAUUGAGUGUUUGAACUUGGUUAUAUUCAAAGCCAGUCAAGAUGAGUUUUAACUCGAGCGGAGGGAAAGGUUUCGGGUUCGCAGGUUUCAGUAUGCCUAAACGGAACCCUUCGAAUGUAUCUCUCCAUGCCGUGCCACCUCCGUCGACCCCAAUGCAUGCGGUUCCGCCUCCCAGUGGUUUGUCGAAGCAGGGCUACUCUACCAUGAAUGCGAUAACACAGAACGCUGUUACCGGAAACUGGGGCACCAUAGGAAAGAAGCGUGCUAAGACUGAGGAUGAGUAUUUUGAUGAAGAGGAUGAGCCUCCGACCCCCGCACUGGCAUACAUUCCUGCACCAGGAAGUCCCUCUUAUGAAGCCAGCAGUUCUAAAGCAGUUGAUGAAGACGAAGACCCCCUGGACGCGUAUAUGGCUGGUCUGGAACAGCAGGCGGCUAAGGACCUGAAGACCAGCAAAGAGAAUGCGGAGACUGGGAAGGGGGAUGGCGCCCGGGGCACCCGGGGGGACAUUGACGAAAUGGAUGAUGAAGAGAGUUAUUACAAGUACAUGGAAGAGAAUCCACUAACAACUGCAGAUGAUGGCUCCGACGUAGAGAUAGAGUACGAUGAAGAUGGCAACCCGAUACCUCCACCUAAAAAGAAGAUCAUAGACCCACUCCCGCCCAUAGACCAUUCAGAGAUACAGUAUGUGCCGUUUGAGAAGAACUUCUACACUCCGCACGAAGACAUAGAGAGCCUCGAUCAGCAGCAAGUUGAGGAACUGAAGAAGAAUUUAGGGGUCAAGAUCUCGGGGCCGGAUCCGCCGCGGCCGGUCAGCAGUUUCGCUCACCUGGGCUUCGACGAGCAGCUCAUGAAGUCCAUUCGCCGCUCGGAGUACACGCAGCCGACGCCCGUACAAGCCGCGGGCGUGCCGGCCGCACUCUCCGGACGAGACCUCAUAGGUAUCGCGCGAACGGGUUCAGGUAAAACUGCGGCGUUCCUGUGGCCCCUUCUGGUGCAUAUCAUGGACCAAAAAGAGCUGGCGCCGGGAGACGGCCCUAUCGGACUCAUCCUGGCACCCACCAGGGAACUGGCACAACAGAUAUAUAUGGAAGCGAAAAAAUUUGGGAAAGUGUACAACAUACGGUGCGUGUGCUGCUACGGCGGGGGCUCAAAAUGGGAACAAACCAAAGCUUUAGAAGGCGGUGCGGAGAUCGUGGUCGGCACUCCGGGCCGGGUGAUCGAUCUCGUCAAAUGCAAGGCCACAGACUUGCAGCGCGUCACGUACCUCGUGCUAGACGAGGCAGACCGCAUGUUCGAUAUGGGCUUUGAGCCGCAGGUACGCUCGAUCUGCAACCACGUGCGGCCCGACCGGCAGGCGUUGCUGUUCUCCGCUACGUUCCCGCGCCGCGUAGAGAAGUUGGCGCGCGACGCCUUGCAUGACCCCGUGCGGGUACAGCACGGCGCCGCCGGAGAGGCGUGCCACCUCGUGUUGCAGCACGUGCGAAUAUUCAACAAACCGGAGGAGAAAUGGCCGUGGUUAUUGGAAAAUCUGGUGGACUUCCUUUCCUCUGGGAGCGUGCUAAUAUUUGUAACUAAAAAGCUGGAAGCGGAGCAGACGGCGGUGAAUCUGGGGGUUCAGCAGUACGACGCGCUACUGCUACACGGAGACAUGGACCAGGCGGACCGGAACAAGGUCAUCACCGCCUUCAAGCGGCAGGAGUCCAACAUACUGGUGGCCACGGAUGUCGCGGCCCGCGGUCUGGACAUCCCGCACAUCCGUACCGUGAUCAACUACACGGUGUCCCGGGACAUCGACACGCACACGCACCGAGUGGGGAGAACGGGCCGUGCGGGCGUGCGCGGUAACGCGUACACGCUGCUCGCGCGGGACAAGGACAAAGACUUUGCGGGACACCUGCUGAGGAACCUGGAGGGCGUUCGGCAGGAGGUACCAGACGAGCUAGCGAAUUUGGCGAUGCAGUCUGCGUGGUUCCGGAAGUCGAGGUUCAAAAAGGGCAAGGGGAAGAACCUUAACAUCGGCGGAUGCGGUCUGGGGUACAAAGAGCGGCCCGGCCUGCCAGCGUAUAACGACGAAGCCCUCGCGGCCAUAUCGGCCCCGGAGAAGUCCGGCGGGCCCGCCACCAACCGCCUCGCCUCCCUCAAGCAGGCCUUCCGCUCGCAGUAUAACCAGUUCACCGCGUCGUCAGACCACUCGUGGGAGCAGACGCGACCAACCCUGGCGCCCGGCGUCAACGAGCCCGCGGGGGCCGAGGACCAGUCCGGCGAGGACCGGCCUGUUGAGGACCGGCUCGGUGAGGACCAGUCUGGUGAGGACCGGUCAGCCGAGGAUCGUCGCGCCGAGCGAGUGCGCAAGAGCGGAAAGCGCAGCCGCUGGGAGUGACCGCGCCCUGUACAUAACUGUAAUUAGCCCGAUAGAUAUAAUAAAUGUAUAAUGUUGACGCGUG